CAGUGGUACUACCCCCCACACCUCUCGGUCUUCGCGCGCCGCGGGGCGGCGGGAGCCAGCACCCGGGAUCCACUGAGCCAGGUCCGGAGCCCGGCGUGGGGCAGCCCCCGGGGAGGAGCCUCUCCGGCUGGGACGCGUGCCGCGCACUGGCACUGCCCGGGCCAGAACUGCGUGACGAGAAAACUCACUUUGUGUACCCCUUGCUUCAACAAUGAGUGCCAAAUCUGCCAUCAGCAAAGAAAUUUUUGCACCUCUCGAUGAAAGGAUGCUGGGUGCUGUCCAAGUCAAGAGGAGGACCAAGAAAAAGAUUCCAUUCUUGGCAACAGGGGGUCAAGGCGAAUAUUUGACUUACAUCUGCCUAUCAGUGACAAACAAGAAGCCCACACAGGCGUCCAUCACGAAGGUCAAGCAGUUUGAAGGCUCCACAUCAUUUGUGCGGAGAUCACAGUGGAUGUUGGAGCAGCUUCGCCAGGUCAAUGGCAUUGAUCCAAACCGGGAUUCUGCAGAGUUUGAUUUGUUGUUUGAAAAUGCUUUUGACCAAUGGGUAGCCAGCACAGCCUCAGAAAAAUGCACCUUCUUCCAGAUCCUCCACCAUACCUGCCAGAGGUACCUCACAGACAGGAAGCCAGAGUUUAUUAACUGCCAAUCCAAAAUCAUGGGAGGAAACAGCAUCCUGCACUCGGCAGCUGACAGCGUGACCAGCGCCGUCCAGAAAGCCAGCCAGGCCUUGAAUGAGCGUGGUGAGCGAUUAGGCCGAGCUGAGGAGAAGACGGAAGACAUGAAGAACAGCGCACAGCAGUUUGCAGAAACUGCGCAUAAGCUUGCCAUGAAGCACAAAUGUUGAGAAACAGCCCAUUGUGGUGAACCUCUUACGAGAAGUGGAAGAGUUUGUGUCGCAGUUUUUACAAGAAUCCCAGACCUCCGCUUGCUUUUCUUCUAGUAUAUGGACAUUUAGGUUUUUUUGGUUUUCCUUUUUAGACGUUAAUAUGAAAAA